GGAGUCAGCACAGCCAGUUUGAGGCUGUAUCUUCUCGGACACUUCAAAAACCUGACAGUCUUACAAUUCUAUUUCAAUUUAUUUUCCUUUUAACGAUUCACAAACUAGAACUGCAUAACAUCAUGGCAGAAGUUCUUGGUACCGUUGCUAGUGGCAUCGGUGUUGCUCAACUGGCGAGCAAUCUUGUUUCGAGCAUUAUCAAGCUGAAGGGUUAUUGGGAUCAAAUUCAAGAUGCGCCCGACGACAUUGGCUAUCUGGUGCGAGAGAUCGAUACCCAUCAUUUGAUACUUCGAAGUAUCCUUGAAAGCCAGGCCAGAAUGACUUCUUCUGGCAGGCCUUCGGACACUUUCCUUGAGCAUAGUCUAAAGUUGUGCGAAGAUUCCUCAAAUGAAUUAAACGAGCUCGUAAAGGUCCUUGAGAAGGAGAUGAAGUCAAGCAAUAAAUGGAGAAGCAAAUUAGGUGCCACGAAGGUGGUACUGAAAAAUGAUCAACUCAAGAGGUUGAAGAAGAGGAUGAAAAAUGCUUCAAAAGUGAUGAAUCUCGCUAUUACAUGGCAAACAAAUGCCACUCUCCAACAACAAUUUCCAGUCUUCGAGUUAAAAAUACAGGCUUCUCUCGAUCAGUUUUUGAUAAACCAUCAGAAGCUUAUUCCAGCACCGCCAUUGUCGAAUCCAACCACCCAAACUUCUUCGAUGGAUGCUCUAGUGCCACUGAACAAUGAUACAAUAAUUACACAGCCACAGAACUUCAAAUCCGACAGCAAUUCAACCCCGCGCUCUGUACCCAAAGAUGAUACUUCGACACAGAUUUCUAGUCCGGUCUACUCGUUGAAUUGGUCUGUCUAUCUAUUGGGCUCGGUUGAUGUUCGAAAGACCCAACAAAAACGAAAAAGAAACCGCUUCGAAGAAACAGAAGCGAAAUACAAACCCCCAGCAUGGCUUUCAAAUAGAGCGUGGCAAUGUAUGUACACCAAAGAUCUAUCAACUCUGAGGUGGAACAUCAACAUCCAGACUUAUCGUACUUUGGACCAGAAAUCAGAUUUCUAUAAAGCCUUAGUAGCCGGAGAUGUUGUUGGUGUACAGGAGAUGUUAGCAAAACGAAUGGCUUUUGUGAACGAUCAGUUUGUGGGAGGCUCUUUGCAAUAUCCUUGGGAAGAGGGUACGCCUCUACAUAUAGCUGCCUCAAAUAACCAUCUUGGUUUAUGUAAGCUUCUCCUGGCGAAAGGAGCAGAUAUCUCCAGUGAGGAGGCUGCAUAUGGCGAUACACCAUUAGCAGCAUUUAUUUCCGUUGCUUGGUCCAAUUACACAUAUCAUUCUCGAAGAGUUGAUCCUACUCACGCACUUGACAUCCUACGAACUCUCGUCGAAGCAGGGGCAGAUUCAGAGCUGAUUGAUCAGACCGACAUGCUAGUCAUCAGUGCUGGUGGUCCUGAAGAGAUAUUUCACUACAUUCAACAGCACACGUUUAUGAGUUCUGGUGAGAUGGGCUUCAUAGAUAAGGUGAGUAUUGCUUUGGGGUUUUUGAACGCUCCUAGUGUACGAUCUCAAAACUUGAUGUUAUCAUAUCUUGUAGAUCCUAAUUUUCAGGCAAACGUUGCACUGCAUCGUGAUGGUUUUGUCGUCAAGGAAUUCUUUUUUAGAGUUUGCUUAAAAUGUUGGCAGGAUGAAUUCAAAGAUAAAAGGCUGGACCUCGUCAAGAAAAUGACGUCGGCCGGUAUGUCAAUACAUACAUUGAACGAAUAUGGCGAAACGAUACUGCAAAGUCAGUUUGGGCCAUUUGAGGACCACGAUGAAAGAAUGCCCAAUAACCUCAAGGUAUGGCUUGAAUUUUUGACCGAUUUAGGUAUCGAUCUCAAUGCAUACGGUGAGAUAGAAUCUUCAAUUUAUAAGAAGAGAAGAAUGGGUCAUAUCUUCGAUCUCUAUACACUUUGGAAGGUGGAAAAUAUCUUAGGAUUCAAGUAUGGACCUCGUAUUGAGGAUUGGAAAUUUUGGGCAAUCGAAUGGACGGAUAAAUAUGCGGGGAUUUUUUGGGAACUCAUUGAGAAUCCACUUCAAGCUGAUCUUGCGAAUCUAUCUAUACCCGGGAAAUGGGUUGAUUAAUCAUGAUAUUUUGAUUUGGUCUUGACCUUGCAAAAUGGUUGAGGGGGUACUUCUUCGGGCUUUUUGUAUCCCGAUCUUGUAUAUCUGGACGGAAUGAUUGGAUUUUUGUGUGCUUAGGCAGGAGUUUUCUUCUUAUAACUUAACUUGUGUUCAGCAUACAAUAAUGAAUUUCAUAGGAGCUUCAUAUUUCUAUACUAUUUCACGUUUGCAAAUCAUGGCACAUCAAGCUGUUUCGA